AUGGGAGUUCCCUCUCUAAAGUCUGGCAAGCCAAGACUGAAUGUAACAGACAGCUCGCAAGGGGCGGGGACUUGGAGAGGGGGAACCAAGCUACACGUCAGGGUCACCGGAUCCUGUUCCAGUCCCAGUUCCAAUCCCAGUCCCAGUUCCAAUCCUAGUCCCAGUCCUAGUUCCAAUCCUAGUCCCAGUCCCAGUUCCAAUCCUAGUCCCAGUCCAAGUUCCAAUCCCAGUCCCAAUCCUAGUCCCAGUUCCCAGGUUCCAAUCCCCAAGUCCCCAGUUUCCAAUCUAGUCCCCAGUCCUAGUCCCAGUCCCAGUCCCAGUUCCAAUCCUAGUCCCAGUCCCAGGUCCAGUUCCAAUCCCAGUCCCAGUCCCCUUCCUCCUUUGAAAUUCUUCACCUUCGUCGAUACCGACGCAAGAGGAAGAGCAAAGGCAGUACUGCCUCUGUGA